AUGUCUCUCUCAUUUAGAGAAUCUUCGGUUCAGUCGUCAGUUCCUUUGCCAACGAGAACCACCACUAGCAGACGUCCGGCAACUGCAAGGCCAACUACUACCGCGACAAGCGUCGCAUCACAGGACAUUGUCUGCGCAGUCAGCGAGUCCCGUGGUGUGUCAUCUACCGUUGGCUUGGCUUUUAUCAAUCUAGCAACAGCAGAGGUGGUCCUGUGUCAAAUAUGUGACACCCCGACGUACGUCAAGACCGUCACGAAGAUAGGCGUCUUUGAACCCAAUGAGAUUUUGUUCAUGAACACCGUCGCCGAAUCGAAGCUGCGCUAUAUAAUUCAAGAAAACCUGCCCGACCCUACUCUCACUUUUUUGGAUCGUCGAUACUGGUCGGAUAAAGCUGGACAAGAGUACUUGGAUCGGUUGGCAUUCUCAGAUGAGGCGGAUUCGUUGAAAGUGACCCUGGGUGGGAGUUAUUUUGCGGCGUGCUGUUUUGCUGCGGCCCUGAAAUAUGUUGAGUCGGAGCUUCAACGGGUCUUCACCUCUCAUUCGCUCAGGAUCAGGUUCGAGCCCUCGCAGGGUUCAAUGACAAUUGACUUGCAAACCAUCGUAUCGUUGGAACUUAUUCAAAACCUCCAUGCCGCCAAAUCUCGGGACAGCCUUUACGGUCUGCUCAAUCAGACUUUGACUCCAAUGGGCGCAAGACUACUACGUUCAAACGUCCUUCAGCCGUGCACGGAGAGAAAUAAGCUGACAGCGAGAUACAAUGCCGUGGAAGACUUGUCCACAAAGGAAGACAUGUUCGUAUCCGUUCGGCAGGCUUUGAAGGGUUUUCUCGAUGCUGAUAAAGUCUUGACCUCGAUCAUCUUGGUUCCAACGAAACAAACCGUCCAGUAUGUUGAACAGUCUGUCAACAAUGUCAUCAUUCUCAAGACGUAUGUGUCUGCUAUCAAGGAAAUCUAUCAGGCCCUAGGUGCAGCAGACAGUGACUUGCUUAUGACCAUCCGCGAGGUUUGCUAUCCUGCAGGGCAUCAGGCGGUUGAACAGUUAAUUGAAGAUGCAUUGAAUGAAAACGUCACCUAUCAAAGCAAGCCGCUUGAUCUUCGCAAUCAACGAAUUUACUGUGUCAAGGCAGGUGUCAAUAGCCUGUUGGAUGUUGCCAGGCAAACUUACAAGGAAUCGAAUGCCGAUGCGGUAGAACUUGUGUCCAAGCUGGGAGAUGCCCAUGACAUGACUUUGGACCUCAAAUAUGAUUCCGCACGGCAGUACUACAUCUGCGUUCCUUCCACCGAGCCCGGACCAUUGCCCGAUGUAUUCAUCAACGUAUACCGAAAGAGAAAUCGCAUCGAAUGCCAAACACUCGACCUAGUGAAAUUGAACAAAAGAAUCACCGAUUCCCACAACGAAGUCAUCAGUCUCAGCGACCAAACAAUCCAAGAACUUCUUCGUGACGUUUGCUCUGAAGUUUCGGGGCUGUUUCGAAUCAGCGAAGCAAUUGCCAUGCUCGACAUGCUCGCAGCCUUUGCCCAGCUAUCAACAAGUCACGACUACAUCCGGCCAGAGCUAACAAAUGCCCUGGCCAUAAAGUCUGGACGGCACCCCAUACGCGAGCAGAUCCACUCCAGCAAGUUCAUUCCCAACGACGCAUAUGCAACAGCGCAAACCCGAUUCCAGAUUAUCACGGGAUGCAACAUGAGUGGAAAAUCGACUUAUAUUCGGUCACUGGCCUUGAUGACGGUCAUGGCACAGAUUGGCUGUUUUGUCCCGGCACAGUAUGCCUCAUUCCCAAUCAUGCACCAGCUCUUUGCGCGUGUCGCGACAACGGACGAUCUCGACGCAAAUGUGUCGACUUUUGCAGCAGAGAUGCGCGAGAUGGCUUUUAUUCUGCGAAAUGUCCAGCCACGGGGAAUGGUGCUUGUAGACGAGCUGGGAAGAGGAACAAGCACAAGCGACGGACUCGCCAUCGCAAUUGCCUUGGCCGAAGCACUAAUUGCAAGCAACUCAUUUGUUUGGUUCGCCACACACUUCCAUGAUCUAGCGCGGAUUCUAUCCGAACGUAGUGGGGUCAUCAACCUGCAUUUAGCAGCCGAAAUCACCUCUAAUGCAACGAAGAUAACAAUGUUGCACCGCAUUGAAGAGGGUCCAGUGCCGGAUCGUCGAUACGGAAUUGCCCUCGCGAAGCUGGUGGAUCUUCCACCCAGAGUUCUUGAAGUUGCGACGAAGGUAUCGGAAGAAUUGGAUCGGUUAUCUCAACGUCGGAACGAUCCAUCGCGUGCUGUAGCUAUUGCUCGAAAGCGAAAGCUGUUGCUAUCUCUGCAAGAACAGCUUAUCAUCGCUCGAGACGGGACAAUGGAUAAUAAGUCGCUUGCCAGACGGCUGAAGAAGUUACAGGAUGAGUUCGCGUUGCAAAUGGACGUUAUUGACAAAGAAGUUCGAACAAUCGAUGAGACGGACGAGCCGGUAGAUGGAACCCAAUCGAUUCCAGAGGGGUUGGAACCACAAGUUCAGACCCCGAGAGAUGAGAGCCAGAAUUCAGAUGAUCUCAAAUCACUCGCAGGCACAUCUUUUGAUGAUCCAAUUCCGAUCGAUUCGGAUUCUGAAACUGACGACACGGACAACGAUAGCGUGGUACUUGUCUAG